GAUUCGACGAAACAUUUUAGUUAAAGUUCUAUAGUUAUUGCUCCAGUUGUUGUUGUUUAUGUUGUUGUUGUUUACAGUGAGUGGUGAUCUCCCUUGUAUGAAAACAUAAACAACGUGCGACUUGAUAAGAAAGAAAAUAAUGGACGACGACUUUGAGUGGCAGCCUCCGUCUGAAGCUGAGAUGAAGAUCAUUCAGGCGCGACGGGAACGCUCAGACAAGAUCAGCAAACUAAUGGGGGACUACAUGCUCAAAGGCUACAAGAUGCUGGGAAUUUGCUGCCCAGAGUGCUCGACUAUACUACUGCAAGACAAGCACGGUGUGAACUACUGCGUGGCCUGUAUGGAACUGGAUACAGACACUGACAAAGAUGACCCUGUGCUGAGUCAGGCUGCAGCUCGAUCUCAGAUCCGAGAAGGCACUGCCCUAGACGAGGUUGACACUGAAGGGUUGUCUUUCCUUACCAGACUGUCUGAUACCAGUCUAGGGGCAUCUGCUGCAUUACCAGAAAGAACCAGUCAUGAUGCCACGACAACCCUGACAUCAGCAAGCAAUGCCAGCAAAUCAAAUCAAUAUAAUUUGAAUUUAAAUUUCACUGACUCUUUGGAUGCACUUAGUGCUAAAAUACUAUGGGCAACAAAUGAAUUACAGAAGUCAAACAGUGUUGAGUAUAGUAUACAGUUAUGCCAAUUGAUCAAAAGUUCUGCAGAUGCCAUUCAAAGUAUUAAAACAAUCAUUUAAAAAUGAAAAAAGAUUUAACCAUAAGAGCUUUCAGGAGAUACCAUAACAAUUGUCGACUUACAUUUCCAUCUUGUUAAUAACAUAUAUGAACAAAUAACAAAUGGAUAUGUGCAUAUACUACAUGCAUAUACCAGUGACUGGCAUUUUUGCAUUAUUCACAUUUCUUAGUCACAAUUUUAAUGUCAUUUGAUGUCUUUUGAUGUUUUUCAGACAGCUCUGGUAAUUGAAUCAGUUUGGUGAUACAUACUAGAGAACUUUUAUGUCUCUUUUUGUGUAUACAGAUGUUACAUUGCCCACAGUACAUAUGACUUGUUUUAUGUAGGCAAAAUGGGAAAAGAGUGCCUGUGAGUUAUUCAUCCUGCAUUAAUAAUUGGUCGAGCCCAACGUUUAAAAAAAAAAGCUAUUGGGAGUUUGUGAAAAUUUCAUAGUUUUAUGCAAUUUCUUACUGUUCCCUGACAAUGUAUUUCUACAAAAAAUGUUAGUGUUUUAUAUUUUUUAACUUUUUCUAUUAACAUGUAUUGAAUAACAAAAAUUGGUAAUGUUGAUUUCAUGGUUUUUUUAUCCAUUAAAGUCACUGUAUUGCUUGUUAGAAUAUGUCUUAUUGAAUGAUGGGCAGAGUAGCUGUAACAGAAUUAAAGUUCAGAGUCAAAAUCCAAAGAAGUGACUAGUUUGCUGAUAAUUUGUGUCAAUUAAACCACAGUAUGGAAUACAUGUAUACCAGUAUAUCGCAUUAGAUCAAUGUUAACUAAUUUGAACUGAUUUAUUUUUGCAGUAUGCCUGUUAGUAGCCACCGAAACUAUAAAAGUUUGAAUAAUUGGAAGAGGAUAACCAGAAAAACAAAUUUGAUUUUUUUUCUGAAAAUUGCCAUCAAAAUCUUUUAAACAUUAUUUAGUAAUUAAUUUUAUUGUUUGCUAAACUACAUCUUUUAAUGAAUGUGCUUGUUUACUUUUCAACAAAUAUUGGUUAAAUAUUGGGAUAUUUUUCUUUGCUGGCAAUAAGAUGAAACGUGCAACUUGAAGUAAAGUUUUUUAGUAAAUCCCAUUACUAAAUCUUGAUGGAACUUAAGUCAGAAUGUUUAUUUUUACACUGUUUAGGAAGAUUUCAAAUCUGGGUGCCUAGGUUACUUGUUCUAAUACCUUGUUUCCAUUUUAGAGGCAACAUUUAGGACUCAGUCUUGAUGAAACUUGGUUAGAAUAUUUAUCUUUACAAUACCAAGGUCAUGUUUGAAGUACAUUUAACAAGAGAUUGCCAAGCAAUAUGGUCCCCUACCGGUGAAACUCCACCAAUGUCAGUAUUUUUUCUUAAUUUGUUGCCAUAGCAACCAGAGUUCUUGACGUAGGAACAAUAUGAAAUGACGUGCAUAGUCUCCAUAUUGCUAUCUAUCCAUGUUUCAAGUUUCAUGAAAAAUUAUGAAGAACUUUUAAAGUUAUCGCAGGAUCCAGAAAAGUGUGACGGACCGACAGACAGACUGACAGACAGACAGAGCGCAAACUAUAAGUCCCCUCCGGUUUCACCGGUAGGGGACAAAAAUAACAACAUACACCACAGGCAACCAAAGCAAAAAAAACACAGUAUUUACUAGAAUAUAAUGCAUAAUAUGUGUUUGACAUUAUUACUGCUGUAUUAUAUCGCUUUUGUUCUUGCUCAUGCACAUAUUUACAUUGUAUGUUUUAUAUUGAAUGAAAAAAAAUAUGUUUGAA